AUGACAAAAAGGAAAAAAAUUGGGGGCCCCCGUGGAGGAGAGGUCACGUUGCUCACCACUCAGUCAAUAGUUAUUGAAGAGGCUCCCUGUCUGAACACCCAGUCCAAGCUGCUCAACGUGAGUGUGGACAUAAUCACUGGACAGACUGGCGAUCACAAACAGGCUAGGUUGUUAAAUGUGAGUGUGGACAACAUCACUGGACAGACUGGCGAUCAGGGUGACGGUCUGAAGGAGCAAGUAGGUCGGGUGGCCAGCUGGGACGUACACGUGGACAAACUACUUCAGGACCCAGUCGGCGUUGAAGUCUUUUCGGAAUUUUUGAGGAAAGAGUUCAGCGAAGAGAACAUCUUGUUUUGGAAGGCGUGUGAGCAGUACCGUCAACUGACAGAUGACUCUGAACGCAACACUCAGGCCUGUGUCAUCUAUGGCCGCUUUUUGUCCCCCACGGCAGAUGAUCCUGUGAAUGUGGAUGAUGUAGCCCGUUCUCACACGCGGAUGUUUCUGGACAAUCCCACAGUCGACAUGUUUGAUGUGGCUCAGAAGCAGAUCCACCAACUGAUGCGUCGUGACAGUUAUGUAAGAUUCGUCAAGUCUGAUUUGUACAAGAAAAAGUUAAUGGAGGAAAUGGAGGAUAAACCUGGACAGACUGGCGAUCAGGGUGACGGUCUGAAGGAGCCAGUAGGUCGGGUGGCCAGCUGGGCCGUACACGUGGACAAACUACUUCAGGACCCAGUCGGUGUUGAAGUCUUUUCGGAAUUCUUGAAGAAAGAGUUUAGCGAAGAGAACAUCUUGUUUUGGAAGGCGUGUGAGCAGUACCGUCAACUGACAGAUGACUCUGAGCGCAACGCUGAGGCCGGAGUCAUCUAUGGCCGCUUUUUGUCCCCCACGGCAGAUGAUCCCGUGAAUGUGGAUGGUGCAGCUCGCUCUCACACGCGGACGUUUCUGGACAAUCCCACAGUCGACAUGUUUGAUGUGGCUCAAAAGCAGAUAUAUCAACUGAUGCGUCGUGACAGUUAUGUGAGAUUCAUCAAGGCUGAUUUGUACAAGAACAAGUUAAUGGAGGAAAUGGAGGGUAAACUUCUGCAGGGACAGAUGCAAGACAAACUACCAGAAGAAAAAAGAGAAGAGAAAAGAGGUCGCAAAUAUGGAGCUUCUUCGGGUAUAUUGACACUUCUGAAAAGAUUCAGACUAAAGGAUGCACAGAAGAGAAGCAAGAAGAAGGGUGGCGUUCAGCCGUGAUGGGUGUCUGAUUACUUCGGUGUCAACUCCGCAGACCGUAAACGCCGGAUAGUGCUUGACCGCACCCAGUUGACAACAAGGAGACUCCUCCCCACCCCCCCAACCUCUACUCCUUUUCUCAGUACACCGGCGCUGUGGGAGUUGGAGCGUUUUCUGAGUCAGACAUGUCUCUUUCCGAGCCUCAGAGUGGCUACAGAGCUUUUCAGCAUGUCUUUGCAAUAUAAGGACCAGGCUCAACUAUUACAACUGCCCCAAGGGUUGGAACAGAGGUCCCAGAAGCAGGCAUAGACAUACUUUCCGAAAAGUUUCAGGAACUCCUCCAUCUUCCCCUGUCGACCCCCCCCUCCCUCACUCCCCUGCCCUCC